CCCCCACCCCCACCCCCACCGGGAUGGACGCCGGCCGAUUCCCCACUCCACUCGCCGCGCACGGCUGCGCGCGCAUAUCAUCGACGACGACGGACGACGACAACUCCAUCACCCAGGCCUGUCCAAUCACCACCAGCCGCGGGACCAGCACGCCCCCCCCGCCGGCCGGCCCGCCCGGGCCCCAUCUGCCCCCGCGCCCGCUCUGCCUGCUAGCUCGAUCUCGCUCAUCGAUCAGUCGCGUGAGCAAAUAGCUUGCUGAGCUACCUCGCUCGCCUUCUUCCGGGUUCCGGCGCGCGCCCGGCCGGUCGCCCCCCUCGCUACCUCUCUCUCUAUAAAGUAGAAGCAUCCGCACCGGCAAGAGAGGUAGCUAGCUCCCCUCCCCCUGGGUCGUGUGGUGCAUUAACGACGUGCGCGCGCCGGCCGUGAGCUGGUGGCCGGCCGGGGUGGGGGCCGGUGCGGUCGACGCCUCGUCGGUCGGGACCCAUUAUUAUAUUCCUGUGGGCAGCCUGUGCUCUGGUCUGGAGAGGAGGAGGACGACAACGACGACGACGAGACAGCGCGGCAGCAGGGAGCGUCGUCGAUCCAGCGAUCGAGCGGCGACCAUGCAGCGCGGGGACCCGCUGGUGGUGGGGCGCAUCAUCGGCGACGUGGUCGACCCGUUCGUGCGCCGGGUGCCGCUCCGCGUCGCCUACGCCGCGCGCGAGAUCUCCAACGGCUGCGAGCUCAGGCCCUCCGCCAUCGCCGACCAGCCGCGCGUCGAGGUCGGCGGACCCGACAUGCGCACCUUCUACACCCUCGUGAUGGUAGAUCCUGAUGCGCCAAGCCCCAGCGAUCCCAACCUCAGGGAGUACCUGCACUGGUUGGUCACUGAUAUUCCGGCGACGACUGGAGUUUCUUUUGGGACUGAGGUUGUGUGCUACGAGAGCCCACGGCCGGUGCUGGGAAUCCACCGGAUGGUGUUUCUGCUCUUCCAACAGCUCGGCCGGCAGACGGUGUACGCCCCAGGGUGGCGGCAGAACUUCAGCACCCGCGACUUCGCCGAGCUCUACAACCUCGGCUUGCCAGUGGCCGCCGUUUACUUCAACUGCCAAAGGGAGUCCGGAACUGGUGGGAGAAGAAUGUGAACUCGAUCCGGGUGAAAUAAGAUGAUGGGUAUAUUGUAUAUAAGUGUGACAACAUGGAGAAAAUUAAAAAACUGCAAUAUGUCUGCUUAAAAAAAAACUCCAAGAUGAACUAUAUAUUGUCUGAUUAGUUCAGUUAGUCCAUAUGGUAGCCUUUGGUUACAUUUGGGUGGAGUGUAUCUGAUAUUAUCUGUGGCAGAUUGGCGCAUUCUGUGGCGCAUAUAUAUUUGAUAACUAUAUGCAUUUAUUUAUAUAUAAAGCAAGCAAUAUUAUGCAUA